UAGAGCUGCCUGAGAGGGGAGGCCAUUUUGUACAGCGAGGCAGGCAGGCAGCAGGCAGGCAGGCAAGCAGGCGUCUGUACAUGUCUGUAUUUCUGUGCUCACGUCAGGAACAGGAAGCGUGCCAUUGUGCGUAUGAGAGAGAACAUUUUCUGUGUUGUGGGGGCGAGGGUUAUACCAGAGGCAGGAGUAACAACACCCAAACCUAUUUCUUCACUUUGCCGAGCGUUCACUGUCCUUUCUACACUGUUUCCUCUGUGCAAUGGAUGGCAGGGAUCUGAGAAGCCUCUUUCUUCUGCUGUCCUCUGCGGCCAUACUACCAUGAGCACUUCUACUCCAUCCACAGCUAAUGGCAACGAUAGCAGACAGUUUAAAGGAGAUCGUUCUCCCUGUGGUCCUUCCCGAGUGCUCCACGUCCGCAAGGUUCCCAUCGAGGUUUCUGAGGCUGAGCUCAUCUCUCUAGGAGUCCCAUUCGGUAGAGUCACUAACCUGUUGAUGCUCAAAGGGAAAAAUCAGGCUUUUAUAGAAAUGGCUUCAGAGGAGGCAGCGAUCACCAUGGUGAACUACUACACCACAGCAACACCUCACGUCCGCAACCAGCCGGUCUACAUCCAGUACUCCAACCACCGCGAACUCAAGACAGACAACCUGCCCAAUCAGGGGAGGGUUCAGGCAGCUUUGCAGGCAGUCAAUGCAGUGUCGUUGGGUGGUUCAGCAUCUGUCGGUGAUGGAACCCUGAUGCCAGGACAGAGCCCCGUGCUGCGCAUCAUCGUAGAAAACCUCUUCUACCCUGUAUCACUGGAGGUGCUACACCAGAUCUUCUCUAAGUUCGGGACAGUCCUGAAGAUCAUCACAUUCACCAAGAACAACCAGUUCCAAGCCCUGCUACAAUAUGCUGACCCGAUGAAUGCCCACCACGCCAAAGUGACUUUGGAUGGCCAGAACAUCUAUAACGCGUGCUGCACUCUGCGUGUGGAGUUCUCCAAGCUGACCAGCCUGAAUGUGAAGUACAACAACGACAAAAGCCGAGAUUUCACCCGCCUGGAUCUUCCCUCUGGAGAUGGACAACCUACCAUGGACCCUGCUUUGACUGCCGCCUUCGGUGCUCCAGGUAUCAUCUCAUCGCCUUACGCUGGAGCAGCAGGUUUUGGCCCCGCUAUCGGGUUCCCCCAAGCAGUAGGCCCGCCCUUUGACCUGCUAUCGUGCGUGCCCCCAGGUCUGUCCAUGCACACGAUGACCGGCGCUCUGGGACCCCUCGCCAUGCCAGGCUCAGUUUCGGGACGGAUGACCCUACACGGCAUGGCCCCUGUCGCUGUUCACGCCGUUCUCCUUGUCUCCAACCUCAACCCUGAUAGCAUAUCACCACAUGGACUGUUCAUCCUAUUUGGGGUGUACGGUGAUGUACAUCGGGUCAAAAUUCUGUUCAACAAGAAAGAGAACGCCUUAAUCCAGAUGGCCGACGCUACUCAGGCACAGCUUGCUAUGUCCCACCUGAACGGCCAGCGGCUACACGGUAAGGUGAUCAGAGUGACCAUCUCUAAGCACCAGACGGUCCAGCUGCCCAGGGAGGGACAGGAAGACCAGGGCCUCACUAAAGACUUCAGCGGCUCCCCGCUACACCGCUUCAAGAAGCCUGGAUCCAAGAACUUUCAGAACAUCUUCCCUCCCUCUGCCACCCUCCAUCUCUCCAACAUCCCUCCAUCUAUAACAGAUGACAUCCUGAAGGAGCUGUUUGCUGGGACUGGAUACACAGUCAAGGCCUUCAAGUUCUUCCAGAAGGACCGUAAGAUGGCUCUGAUCCAGUUGGGUUCAGUGGAGGAGGCCAUCCAGGCCCUGAUCGACCUCCACAACCACGAUCUGGGAGAGAACCAUCACCUCCGCGUGUCUUUCUCCAAGAGCACCAUCUGACCCGACUCACCCAGCUCCCCCACCCCACCCCUAGGGCCUCGCUCCUGGGCUGGGCUAACCCCAUGCCCCCCCCAGCCCCUGUUGGGAGUGAAGGACAGAAACACCCACUUUUACUUAAAACAAACAACAGACAAUGAACUAGUUUAGAUGAUAUUGUUGUGUAAUAGACUACUGUAACACAAGGCCUUCAGACAGAGACUGAUAUAGACACAGAGCUGAAGUAGGCUGGAAGGAACACUGGUUGAUUGAUUCAGGACAGAGAGUACAACGGUGAUGUGGGCUGACAAGGUGCAUCAGUGCAUCCUUUAUCUGGCAUUAGAGGACCCUAACCCAGGGAGAGACUAGACCCUAACCCAGGGAGAGACUAGACCCUAACCCAGGGAGAGACUAGACCCUAACCCAGGGAGAGACUAGACCCUAACCCAGGCAGAGACUAGACCCUAACCCAGGCAGAGACUAGAUCCUAACCCAGGGAGAGACUAGACCCUAACCCAGGGAGAGACUAGACCCUAACCCAGGGAGAGACUAGACCCUAACCCAGGGAGAGACUAGACCCUAACCCAGGCAGAGACUAGACCCUAACCCAGGGAGAGACUAGACCCUAACCCAGGGAGAGACUAGACCCUAACCCAGGGAGAGACUAGACCCUAACCCAGGGAGAGACUAGACCCUAACCCAGGGAGAGACCCAGGGAGAGACUAGACCCUAACCCAGGGAGAGACUAGACCCUAACCCAGGGAGAGACCCAUAGAGAGACUAGACCCUAACCCAGGGAGAGACUAGACCCUAACCCAGGGAGAGACUAGACCCUAACCCAGGGAGAGACUAGACCCUAACCCAGGGAGAGACUAGACCCUAACCCAGGGAGAGACUAGACCCUAACCCAGGGAGAGACUAGACCCUAACCCAGGCAGAGACUAGACCCUAACCCAGGGAGAGACUAGACCCUAACCCAGGGAGAGACUAGACCCUAACCCAGGGAGAGACUAGACCCUAACCCAGGGAGAGACUAGACCCUAACCCAGGGAGAGAGAUACUCAACACUCCUGCGAGGCUUUCGCCCAGUCUGUCUAACCUGUCACCCAUCCAGCCACUGACCCACCUACAGUCCCAGAGUGAGACUCUUCUAGCUGUGCUGCAUUGUUCCAACUGAAGGCCCUUCUCCGUAACCAACAGCACACCAGCGUUAUGUGGCGGUGUUCCGUGGACGUUGUGUGCCGUGAGACUGGCUUCUCUUCAGUGGGAUGACUUAUUAACAGAUGAUUUACCUGACGAGUCUGAGACACUGUUCCGUUAACAGGUAUCGUCACGGAUACGGAGAAAGGGCGGUUGGCUGAUGAAGCUGGGUGCCAGCGGCGACCCUCCUCCUGACCAAUGAACUGCCUCCAUUUUAAGUAGCAUUGGAAUGUUGAGCGAGGGGGACCAAUGAUCAGGCCCCCUCAUCUGUGACAUAAUGGUGACAUCAUCACGGUGCGACACUGAGUCUUCGAGCAGCUCAGCUAAACAUGACCACCACACCACUCAGAUCACCAUGACAACUACACACCUGUUUUGUUUUGUUUUACAGUGUAUCGGUGGUUUUCAUUGAAAUGUAAACAAAGAAAACCGUUCAAAGCAAAAUGGCCAAUCUUUUUGCACCUUAAUUUCUCUGUUUACUGUGCAGAGUCCUUGGACCAGACCAGACCAGGAAGUACAGUAGACUACAGUAGAG